AUGGAGGUAGAUCCUGGAAUCGGAGGCGACGAUCUGCGCGCGGGGGCGUCUUGGAGGGAAAACGACGGCCGCCGAGAAACAGAGAGCGACGUCCUCUCAACUGGUACAAGGUCGAUUGGCAUCCAUUCCGAACGUUGCGCGUCGUCGUCAUGUCUGAGUGAGUUUCUUCUCUUUUCUCGUUUAUGAAUCAAGUUUUACUCUUGAUCCUUGUCAAUCAAGUUUUGAUCAUUGUCAGGGAUGUUGCAGAAUUGUCUUAUGUCUUAUUUUAAGGAGCAAUCUUCUAAAAAAUUACCAAAAAGUGGAAAAUUGAGGAAAAGAUUUCAAAAUUGCUGUGUUUCACUUAAGAGCUUCCUAAUCACAAUUUUACAAGGAACAACCUUGCGGUUUGGAAUUUUCUACAAAUUUGCCCAAACACUCUCUGAAGAUCUGGAUAUAUAUCCCUCAUAGUCGCUAACUGCGCGAAUCCCUAGUAUUCGAGAUAUCAGUUUUUAAAGUUCGCUCUUAACGCAGAAUUAGACCCUACGAGUUAAUUUCAAUUUUCAACUUGAAAUUAUUUAAAAAUGUGCUCUAAUCAUUUCUAAAUGUUUAUAUGAUGAUCCAUAAAAAAUGCAACCUGCGCCAGCUUCUAGCUUUUGAGAUAAUUGAUUACGAAAAACGAAAAGUAAGGCCGAAAAUCCUUUUUUUGCAACUUCGAAAAAUCAUAUCUCAAUAACUAGAAGUUUGCGCAGAAAGCGACAAUGAAGGAUUUCCAACUGGAAUUCAGAGAAAGUUUGAGCAAAUUCGUUGAAAAUUUAAAACCGCAAUGUAAAAUGACCUCCCUUGUUAGAAAAAGUCCGACGAUUUUUAUCUUUUUGAGUUAUGGCGUCUAAUUUUUUUAUACAGCAAUCCAUUGCGAUUUUUGGAAACUUCAAUAUAGCAAACAAAAAUAAAAUAAAAAUCGUGAAAAUUGAGCAAAAAAUGUCUGUGAUCCUUUUUAGAGCACCUCAGUCACGAUUUUUUUGAAACGAAGCAUCUUUUUUUCACUUUUUCGUGUUACAGCACUUAAAUUUUUUUCACAGCUAUCCAUUGCAGUUUUGAAAACUUCAAAAACCCGGUUAUUUAAGAAAAAAAUGAUUAAAAAAAUUACACUGCCAAUUGUAUAUAUAGUAUACACGCCUGUAAACCACUUUUUCAAAUCUACAUAUUUUUUUCAUCUCUUCUCAAAUAUUGCUCUCGAGGUUAAGUUUACAUUCUUCGAUUUCAGAAAAAAAGCUGCAAGUGCAAUCGUUGGUUGAUCAGCCUCUCAGCUGCGUUUGAAUCUGAUGAGGUAUCCAAUUUUCUCUCGAAAAAGUCCUAAAUGAGUUUAUUUUUGAUUAUUUCAGUUUGAAAAGCUAUUCCGCAAGGGAGUCCAAUGCAUCACUGCUGAAGAGUAUAAAAGGAUUCCCGAGUUCAGACACAGGUAAAAUGGAAAAACUGGAUAAGCUAAUAAAGUUCAAUCAUUCCAGAGAAGACGCCCUUUCCUCCUUGUUUGGUCGUCUUCUGUUGCGUUAUGCAGCUCAAAAGGUUUCAAAUCAUAAAAAAAUUCUGUACGAAAUUCAAAUAUUCUCAGUUCACCGGCGAGGAAUGGAAAAACAUCAAGUUUGAGAGAACCGAGCGCGGAAAGCCGUACGUCGCAAGCCCGCCAGAUACUAAAUUUGGUCUGAAUGUCUCUCAUCAGGUAACUUUCAUUUCAAAAAUUGUUCAAAAGGAAUUCGCAGUAGUUUCAAGUUUUUUUUAAGCACUGCUUUUGUCCGGAGGGCAAGGAAUAGUUUAAAAAGACCCGUUUUAAGCCAAAAAACAUGAAAUAAUAAUACAACUCAACGAUCUUAGGCUUUACAAAAGUACGAAAAAAAUCUUAAAUCCUAUCCAUAACGGCUAAAUUUAAUUUUUGAGUACUCUGUAUUUCAAGAAAAAAAUCGUGAUUUCAGGGCGAUUAUGUCGCUUUUGCCAGCAGCUGUACCUCGAAGGUUGGUGUGGACAUCAUGAGGCUCGACAAAGAAAGUCAGUUUCUCAUUUACAAUCAAAGAGAAAUGUUAUUUUUCUCCUUUCAGGAAACAACAAGUCGGCUGACGAGUACAUCAACUCAAUGGCCAAAUCAGCAUCACCUCAAGAGCUUCAAACGAUGAGGUCUCAACCCACUGAGGCCAUGAAAAUGACCAUUUUCUAUCGUUAUUGGGUUUGAAACUUGAAAAAUAUGUCCUAGACAAAAAUAAAAAAGUUUAGUGCUUGAAAGAAGCAAUCCUGAAAGCAACUGGUCAAGGAAUCUUGAAAAAUCUGGACUGUCUCGACUUCCGGAUUGACAAGUACGAUCGCUACAGGCCUGGUAGGGGAUUCUGCAAUAAGAAUGGCUCACUAAGAUGUUCAGGAUGCUUCGUGACGUCGACCACUGUGCUGGAAGAUGGUGUUCUGCAGGACCAAUGGAUUUUCGAGGAGACUUUUGCUGACACCAAUCAUUCGGCCGCUGUCUGCAAAGAGGUGAAAAAUCUGGUCCUAUUUUCAGAAAAAUUUGAGAAAUUCUGAUUCCGUCUUCAAAAACUUUACGACUCGAAAAAAUUAGAGAAUGACAUCAUCUUCAAUUUUUUUCGAAAGUGACGUCAUAGCCUUUUUUGUCGGUGUUUCUUUUUUAUUCUGACACUCUGAGAAACCUUCUAACAUAUUUGGCUCAGUGUUGUAGGAUCUGUACUAUCUCUGCUUUUGAAGACUGUUCCUAACCCCAAUAUAAGCCGCCCAAAAAAGUUUAUCUCAUUAUUCUGCUUUUUCAGGAACCAUAUUUUUCUAUAUUUUCGAAAAAUACCCAGCUAUUUAGCCCUGUAAGACUGAAGAAGGAUUUCUUGAAAAUUGUCAAAUAUUUCGAAAAGAGUCUAGUUCUUGUCUCUUGUCUUAAAACUCCUACCCAAAUUAGCAACAAAGACUCUUUGUCUUAUAAAAGCCUUUCUAUCCCCAGACAAGUAGUCCAAAAAAAGAGGAUGAUCCUUCUCGGGCGCCGUGCGGUUUAUCAGCGGCUCGCACGGAACGGAGCCGACCGCCUGUCACUGUUCCGUUCCACACGAGCCAUUUUUUCGGCGUCCCUGUCGUUCAUUCGUUUUUUUUUCCUUCGCGUCGGGGUGAGAGGCUCCACGACGAGCACAAACAUUAGCAAGAUCAUCCCUUAACUUGCACGGCGAUGGUUGCUUCAAUUCACCCAGUUCAAAGAGUUCGUAACUGAAAAAAAAGAAACAAUUUUGCCACACUUGUUUUGAUGUCAUUUCCGAAAAAUAAGAGUACUUCAAUAAAAUUUCGGAAACAGUGAAGUGAACUAACAAAGACGUCUGAGCUGGUGGUUCGAAGGACAACGAAAGGCUCAAAUUCAUCGUACACAAAAAGUCCGCAACUAAAAAAAAAAGGGAAAAGACCCUGAGCCACUUUUUUGAUGACCUUUGGUAAAAAAAAAUCUGUUUCUUUGAUCUAACAGUUUCAAUUUUGAAUUUGUUGAGAAAAUUAGUAAAGUGAGCAAUGUAGAGGUCUCUCAUCAAAUUUUUUUCGAAAAAAAGAACAAUUCAAAUAUUUCCACAAGUUUCUGAAUCAAGACUUCUGAAAAGUUUUGUGAGAUUUUGAAACCAUAAACCACUUUUCAAAAGUUAUCCUUGUUUUAUUAAUAUCUCAAAUUACCCUGUCAUCAGAACAGGAAGGUUUUGAAAACUCAAAAAAAUCCCAUCUUCUUCUCUUGAACCUUUGAUUUAUUUGAGCACGAACCACAACAUCAACAAAAAACGAUUGAAUGACUUUUUUGAUUGUUCCGAGAAAAAAAAAGCAAACUUGAUUGAAUGGAGAACAAGUGUUGACGCGUUCGGAUCCGAUGACCUCAAGUAUAUUUGGUUUAGGUUUUUUUUUGCAUAGUAAAAACAUUUGAGAACCAGUUUUAUACCAAUAAAGCGUGUAAUUCGAUCUCUUAAGUUUUUUUUUUUUGAAAGCUGUUGAAGGAAGAAAACGUGUAAUUCAAUCAGUAAACUUAUUUUUGUAGAUUCAAUCGAAUAGGUGGUUGUCAAGAACUUUUAAAUUUGAAUUGAAUGAGUAUUUUUAAGCUUUAAAGCAAUUUCUGGAUUGCUUGAAAAUGUUUUUAAUCGGUGAUUUUGAGCUAUGAAACUUCUAAACUUCUAGGGAAAAAAAUCUCAAAAAAACUUUCGAGAAUUUCUCAAGCGAAUUUUGGGAGUUUCAUCUGAUCCCGACGCUUCCUCGGUUAGAAACGGGAAAAUGCCGUAAAUUAAGAACUUCAAAAAGUUCUAAUGAAUGCCUCAAAAAAAGUCAAGGCUAAUUUUUUUGAAAAUUAUGGCUAAUAAUGAACUCCUUUGUCGAUUCAAAUUCUCAAUUCGAUUUUUUUUUUUCCUGAAAUAACUGAAAAGCCGCAAUCCAUUAGAGAGCUUCUGAGAGCACAGAUCAAACCACGAAAAACCUAUUGAAUGAUUUUUUCUGACUGUUCCGAGAAUAAAAAAAUGAUUGAAUAGAGAGCAAGUGUUGACGCGUUCAAAUCCGGCGUCCUCAAGUGUAUUUGUCGUCUCGACAGUCUGUUUCCCGGUUUCGUUGGACAUUCAAUGAAAAUUUGUUGAGUAGCGGCGCCGUGUUUUGAUCUUCCAAAGUUGGGAGAUAUUCCAGAGAAAAAAAUUAUGACUCGGAAUAUAAAGUAACGGACAAAUUUUUCAGAGAGCAGAAAAAAAUUUUCAAAAAAAUUUUUCUAUCAUGAAACCAGGUUUUUCCUGUUUUGAGGCCCUAAACUUGGUGAUUGGUUCAUAAGGAACUUUUGAGCUUUGAAAAAAACGAAAGUUAUGAAAAUUGAGAGAUUAUUGUUUUUUUUUCUGUACCGAAAAGGCAUCGCAAGAACAAAAUCUCAGAACUUUAAAAUAUCACAUUUUCAUUUUCAGAAGGCACUGCCGAGAGAAUGCGUCUUCCGAAAAGAUCCUGAAGCGAAGAUCUUUUUUUCAGUAAGGUAAGCAUCCAUCAAAUAAUGCACAGAUCCAUUUUUUCAAAUUAUAUAAUCCCAAAAAAAUAGAUUCCACGGCAAACCUUUAAUAAUCCGACCGGUGUUUGACCAUUGCCUGUCUGGCGUGAGUCAGACAAAAAAUAGGACAAAUAGGCUCUUUACAAGUGACUCAUGCUCGUUAUUUCCAGAUCUCCUUUGCCACUCUUCUGGAGAAUGCUGAGAUCCUGAACCCUCUGCCCAACAACGCCGCCGACGCCUUUGAGGAUUUUUCCAAGAAACCGAAGAAAGCUUUUUGA